CCGCGCUCACAGUCCUCCCAUGGAGGAUAAGGGAGCCAUGUUGUCGUAGCGGUGACGGUGGAGAGAAAAGUGCAACCCGGAGAAACUUGCCGCAGAUCCGUUACCGCCGACCACACGGCUCGGAGGGCCGUCCAUUCCGUUCGGACUUCAGACCCCGGAGUGGACACCAUGAGCGGCGGGACGCCCUACUUGGGCAGCAAGAUCAGCUUGAUCUCCAAAGCCGCCAUCCGCUACGAAGGAAUCCUAUACACCAUCGACACCGAGAACUCCACCGUGGCUCUGGCUAAAGUGCGCUCCUUUGGCACUGAGGACCGCCCCACUGACCGGCCCAUCCCCCCCCGCGAUGACACCUUUGAGUACAUCAUCUUCCGGGGCAGCGACAUCAAGGACCUGACGGUGUGCGAGCCACCCAAACCUUCGUGUUCUCUCCCUCAGGACCCGGCCAUUGUGCAGUCCUCCAUGAGCUCCAGCUCGUCUUCCUCUGCUGCCGCCGCUCCGACCCCGUUCCAGUCGGCCGGGUCCUACGGGCUCUUCAACCGGGGCCCGGCCUACGACCAGUUCAGCAGCAGCCCGCUGGUCUCCCCCCAGUUCGGACCUGUGGGCAUAGGACGCAGCAGCCCAAGCCUGGACCCUCUAAGGAAGAGCCCCACCCUGGAGCAGGUGGUCCAGAGCGCCCCCUUGGCUGCCACGGCCACAGCUCCGGCCCCCGGGCUGGGGCGCAGAAGCCCCACCCACGCUCGCACGGCCCCCCCCACUCAGAAGCUCACGCACCAGGACGGCAUGGAUCCUAGGAAGGGUGAGACCAUCAGGGGUGGCCGCGGCACCACUCACGGCUGGUCUGCACCCAGAACCAUCUCAUCCUCCCACAUAAGCGCUGUGGACAGAGCUCCUCCUGCAGGACUCAGCCACUCGGUCUUCAGCCACCCAGCGACUGCCGGCGCUCCAGCUAACCGCCGCGGUCGAGGGGGCGGACACCGCGGCAGAGGACGCUUCAACGUCCGACGGGACGGACCGAUGAAGUUUGAGAAGGACUUUGACUUUGAGAGCGCCAAUGCGCAGUUCAACAAGGAGGAGAUUGACCGGGAGUUCCAGAGCAAACUGAAGCUGAAAGAUGAGAAGACGGAGAAAGAGGUGAAUGGAGAGGAGAAGGCCGACCCCGGAGUAGAGAACCAGACAAGCGACGGACCGGCUGAGGAGGAGGACACACUGGGCCACAACGUUUACUACGACAAGUCCAAGUCCUUCUUUGACAACAUCUCCUGUGAUGACACCAGGAAAGCCAAUGAGAAGUCCGGAGUCUCCGGGUUCCCCAGGGAGCGGAGGCAGACCUGGGCGGAGGAGAGGAGGAUGAACGCAGAGACCUUCGGCCUCCCUCUCCGUCACGGCCGGGGACGUGGAGGUUACCGGGGACGUGGAGGGAUGGGCUUCAGAGGAGGGCGGGGGCGCUCCGCCAGCCGGGGCUCCUUUGGGCCGCCGCAGGGUGGGGGCGGCUUCAGAGGAGGUUACCGAGGCAACCAGGCCGGCCGGGAGUUUGCCGACCUAUCAGCAUACAGGAAGGACAACAAGGUGUCGGCGUAGGCCCCCUGCGGACUUCUCUUCUGUUGACUGAAAUUAUGAAGACGUCUUCUUGUUGUACAUUUGUCACCAGCACUGAGGACAGACGACUCAACAUCUCUGAAUAAGUUCCAAUAAUGUAUAAAUGUUCUAGUUUGUUUUUCAAUGAAUUCUCUCCUAAACCCGACCUUCUGUUUCACUGACACAUAGCUUUAUUGGGGGGACGGCGGGGGGGUUCUCCGUCAGUUCUUGGCUUCCUCUUUCUAAACUGUUCCUAGGCGAUGUUUCACUUGAAAAAGGGGCAGGUGCGAUGGUUAGUGUUUUUAUUCAGCAGAUCAAGCAAAGCAACAAUGCAUAUCAGAUAUAAUCGGAAUAAUAUUGUUCUCUUCCAACUCACCACUCAUUCUUUAAAGCUCCCUACGCGUAUUGUCCCUUUAAGGGCUGCGCAGGGAGCUGCUGAUUGGCUGUUAACAGGUCUGCUGUGCUUGUCGUCGUGGUUUCUGGGUAGCAGAAUGGUCACCGGUCACUGGCUAUAUUUCCCACUUUAUUGCUAUGGUUCUGGAAUUAAAAAGCCAAACGGAGCACAUCUUUACCGGCAGAAACAUAAAUAUAAAAUACAGAAGAUUGAAAACGCCUCAAGUAAAACAAAUUAAGUCAAGCUGUUGUGUUUCUUUGUUUGCAUAAAAUGUCAAAGGACAAUUAUUAAACGUAUUUAACAAUAA